GGACUUGGAAAGAAAAGCUGUCGUCUUGAUCAAUAGGAGAGAGAAGGCGGGGGAGAGGGAGAGGGAGAGAUUGAUCAGAGAAUGAGCAUGGACUCAUCAUUCGCGAUGAAAGGAGGAGAUGGCCCCACGAGCUACUCCCAGAACUCAUCUUUCCAGGGCAGCAUAUCAGAUCAAGCCAAGGCCCUUCUGGUGAAGGGCAUUCAGCAAAAUAUAGUACUUCCAGCUGAUCCAAACUGCACAAUGCAUCGAACCUUUCGAAUCGCGGACCUCGGAUGUUCAGUUGGCUCCAAUACUGUUGCUUGUGUCCAGACAAUCAUGGAAGCCGUCAAGGCCAAAUACAAGGCCGAAGGCAUCCGACCUGAAACACUAGAAUUCCAAGUAUUCUUCAAUGAUCAAGUCAGUAGCGACUUUAAUACAUUAUUCCAGACACUCCCACAAGACCGAUCCUAUACUGUUGCCGGAGUCCCAGGCUCUUUCCAUGGCAAACUAUUCCCCAAGGCAUCUAUGAACGUCAUGCACUCUAGUAUGGCGCUUCACUGGCUUAGUGAGGUCCCUAAAGAGGUGAAGGGCCUUGAAUCCCCGGCAUGGAAUAAAGGGAAAAUAACUUACAGUGAAAGUGCUCCCGAAGUCAUCGAGGCUUUUAGUUCCCAGUUCCAGAGGGAUUUAGAGGAGUUCUUCAAGCAAAGAUCGUUCGAGAUGGUAUACAAUGGGCUACUGAUAAUUUUGAUGCCAUGCCGGCCGGAUGGUACUCGACCAUCUGAGUCAUUGCUCGUCCAGGGUAAUGAGUGUUUUUUAGGUCAUUUACUCGUUGAUAUGGCCAAAGAGGGCUUGGUGGAUGAGGCACUCAUAGACUCGUUCAAUAUGCCGGUGUUCGUCCCUACUGCAGCUGAAGUGAGAGAGGUGGCUUCGAAGAUCGAGUGCUUGAGCGUCGAGGUAGUCAAAAAGAUAUGCCUUCCUAGAAGCCUCGGCGCAAUCACUCAACACCCGCGGAGUCUUCCUCGCUUAUUGCAAGCGGUAACUGAAGACGUUGUAGUGAAACACUUCGGGCCUGCCACUUCUGAUCUUUUCUACUCAAGACUACCCAAGAAGAUCGAGGAGAGGUCAUUGGCUUCGCCUCCGCCGGCAUGCCUCGUGAAACUCGAGGAAUUCGAAAAUUUGUUCAUGCUCCUAAGGAAAAAUGCGGUCAGUAAUUGAUCGACUUCACCUUUUAAAUUACAAUAAUAGCCAUUAAAAAUUUCUAAUCAGUAAUAGUAAUAAGUUAACUUUCAAUAAACCAUUCAGGUAUGAAACUCCUGAUUUACUUCCGUUUGCCAUAUCUUUGAUAGCGAUAUCGACGUAUGUUCGUCGUCAUCAAUCGAAUUGCUCAUCUAGAUUAACUAGCUAGUAUUGUUUGACUGUGGAUAGAAGGAUUGAGAAAUUUUCGACAAUGUUUAGGUCCUAUUAAUGAGGUAAUUUCCACAAUGUCUGGUUGCCAUA